AACUACUUUUUUUAACCUUCAGUAGUUAUCAUUAAAAAAAUCAGGGUCUCUAGGAAGGAUUCAUUGAUCCACUUAACUAGGCCAUUAGCAGUUACCAGUUAGCACAUUGCUCUGCUUGACCAAGGCAUAUUACGACAUAUGCCACGUGUGCUAAUGGCAUUGACAAACCAUGAAUUGUUUGGAGAGUGACAAUUGUCCAUGAACCAUGCAUUGAUGCAUGGACCAGUGCACAAGCGACGGAUAUUCCAGAGGCAUGCAAUUGGCAAUGCCUCGGCCAAGCUAUGGAUCCAGGAGGCAGGCAGAGAUGCAGAGAAGACAGCCGAGCUAUACAAGAUGGAGAGGCGAGGUGCCAUAUGCUUUGGAAACACAGCUCAAUGUGGCCAUGGAAAGCAAAGAACCCUACAGCUUGUAAAAGCCCCAGCCAUUGACACCUACAAAUACGCAGUAAUGCAACCCCAUGGUUCUUCAACCUCCAGCCAGCACAAGAUCGCUUGCAAAAGCCUAAAUUAGCUACCUGAGUGAUCUGCCGUAGCUUCUCUUGCUUGUCACCCAUGGCGAAGUCAAGUAGCUACGGCCUUUGGCUUGCUUGCUUUGCCAUUGCCACUGCAGUCGCCGGCGGAACGCAGUUCAUGGUCGGCGGCGCCAAUGGCUGGAGCGUGCGCACCGCCGGCGCGGAGCCCUUCAAUACUUGGGCGACGCGGACGAGGUUUCAGAUCGGAGACUCCCUAGUGUUCGUGUACCCCAAGGACCAGGACUCGGUGCUGCUGGUGGAGCCGGCGGACUACAACGCCUGCAACACGUCGUCGUACGUGAAGAAGUUCGACGACGGCGACACCGUGGUCACGCUCGCCCGCUCCGGCCCGCUCUUCUUCAUCAGCGGCGUCGAGGCCAACUGCCGCGCCAACGAGAAGCUCAUCGUCAUGGUCCUCGCCACCCGUAGCAACGGCACCGCGCCGGCUCCGAGCACGGCGCCGCCGCCGGCGUCACCGGCGUCGCCCCCUCCUGUCAGCUCCACCACCCCGCCCCCGUCGUCGUCGCCCGCUCCGCCUACUAAGGCCCCGACCACCGCGUCGCCACCGGCGCUGCUGCCGCCCGCCGGCUCUGCUCCCACCAAGACACCGAGCACGCCGCCGCCCGCAUCGUCGUCGCCCCCUGCUCCGAGCGCGUCGUCGCCUGCUCCGGCGUCGUCAACGUCAACCCCACCGCCGCCCUCGGCGAGCUCCCCGGCUCCGAGCGCGCAUGGGGCGACGGCUAACUCGACGGGCACGCCAUCGUCGCCUCCCGCCGGCGCCUCCAAGGACAAGAACGGCGCCGCCCUCACGGUGGCCACAGGCUUGGCCAGCUCCUUCGGGGCCUGCAUCCUUGGCUACGCCAUGCUUGCUCUCUGAAGUGAAGUGAAGUGAAGUAGACACGGUACAACGAACCGGAGACCCCAGUAAAUAUGUGAUUACAUACAAUUCAUCAUUAAUUAAGACAUGCGAUUUGCGCAUGUCGUUGCUAAAUAUUGCAUUCGUUUUCCGCCGGAUGAAUAAGAAAUCAAUGAUUCUUCUGCCUA